UGCCUACGGAGGCCGGGCCGGCGGCGGGUCAGGGGCCGGGCAUGAGGCCGGGCGGCGACCGGAUCGCGGGCUGCGGCGAUGAGCGACAUAGUGGAGAAAACACUGACGGCGCUGCCGGGACUCUUCCUGCAGAACCAGUCGGUUGGCGGGCCUACGGCCGCCAAGGCGUCCUUCUCCUCCCGGCUGGGCGGCCUGGUCCGCGGCAUCACCGCGCUCACCUCCAAGCACGAAGAAGAGAAAUUAAUCCAGCAGGAGCUGAAUAAUCUGAAAGCAACUGUUUCUGCUCCUACUACAACCCUAAAAAUGAUGAAGGAAUGUAUGGUGAGACUUAUAUAUUGUGAAAUGCUUGGAUAUGAUGCUUCCUUUGGCUAUAUACAUGCAAUCAAGUUGGCACAACAAGGAAAUCUUUUAGAAAAAAGAGUAGGUUAUUUGGCUGUAUCUUUAUUUCUACAUGAAAGUCAUGAACUGUUGCUUCUCCUUGUGAACACAGUUGUAAAGGACUUGCAGAGCACUAACCUAGUAGAAGUAUGUAUGGCACUUACUAUCGUCAGCCAGAUUUUCCCCCGAGAAAUGAUUCCAGCUGUUCUUCCAUUGAUAGAAGAUAAACUUCAACAUUCUAAGGAGAUUAUACGAAGAAAAGCUGUUCUGGCCUUAUAUAAAUUUUAUCUCAUUGCUCCUAAUCAAGUACAGCAUAUCCAUGUUAAGUUUCGGAAAGCACUUUGUGAUAGAGAUGUUGGAGUCAUGGCUGCUUCCUUGCACAUAUACCUUAGGAUGAUUAAGGAGAAUUCAUCUGCAUAUAAAGACUUGACUGGGAGUUUUGUAACGAUCUUGAAGCAAGUGGUUGGAGGAAAGCUCCCAGUAGAUUUCAAUUACCACAGCGUACCAGCACCAUGGUUACAAAUUCAGUUGUUGAGAAUACUAGGACUUCUAGGAAAAGAUGAUCAAAGGACAAGUGAAUUAAUGUAUGAUGUUCUUGAUGAAUCCUUACGAAGAGCUGAGUUAAAUCACAAUGUCACAUAUGCUAUUCUGUUUGAAUGUGUACAUACAGUCUAUUCUAUUUAUCCUAAAUCGGAAUUGCUUGAGAAGGCUGCCAAAUGCAUUGGAAAGUUUGUUCUGUCACCUAAAAUAAAUCUCAAAUAUUUAGGACUGAAGGCUCUUACCUAUGUUAUCCAACAGGAUCCCACUCUGGCUCUUCAACAUCAGAUGACAAUAAUUGAAUGCUUAGAUCAUCCUGAUCCUAUUAUUAAAAGAGAGACUCUGGAACUUCUUUACAGAAUUACUAAUGCACAGAAUAUAACAGUGAUUGUCCAGAAAAUGCUUGAAUAUUUACAUCAGAGCAAAGAAGAAUAUAUUAUCGUCAACUUGGUUGGAAAAAUAGCUGAGCUGGCUGAGAAAUAUGCUCCUGAUAAUGCGUGGUUUAUUCAGACAAUGAAUGCUGUAUUUUCAGUGGGAGGAGAUGUGAUGCAUCCUGAUAUUCCCAAUAACUUUCUGAGACUGCUAGCAGAAGGGUUUGAUGAUGAAACAGAAAAUCAACAACUAAGACUUUAUGCAGUUCAGUCUUAUCUUACUUUACUAGAUGUGGAAAAUGUGUUCUAUCCACAGAGAUUUCUUCAAGUUAUGAGUUGGGUGUUAGGAGAGUAUUCCUAUCUCUUAAAUAAGGAAACACCAGAGGAAGUUAUAACCAAGCUCUACAAGUUACUUAUGAAUGACUCUGUUUCUUCAGAAACAAAAGCCUGGAUAAUAGCUGCUGUGACCAAGUUGACACCCCAAGCACACUCUUCUGAUAUAGUUGAGAGAUUAAUCCAGGAAUUUACCACAUCUUUGGAUACUUGCUUGAGACAGCAUGCAUUUGAAUUAAAACACUUGCAUGAGAAUGUAAAAUUGAUGAAGAGCUUACUUCCACUUGAUAAGAGUUGUGAAGACAUGGUGGUAGAUGCUUCCUUAUCUUUUCUGGAUGGUUUUGUGGCUGAAGAACUAACACAGGGGGCAGCGCCUUACAAACCUCACCACCAACGGCAGGAGGAAAAGCUUUCUCAGGAAAAAGUUCUCAAUUUUGAACCAUAUGGACUCUCUUUUUCUUCAUCUGGCUUCACUGGACGGCAGUCUCCUGCUGGCAUUUCUCUUGGUUCAGAUAUAUCUGGGAAUAGUACAGAGAUCGGACUAAAAGAGACAAAUGGCUUGAAGCUGGAAGGUAUAAAGAAAUUGUGGGGGAAAGAGGGCUAUCUUCCCAAGAAAGAAAGCAAAACUGGUGAUGAAACAGAAGCUCCACCAGUUUCUCAGGAGAGUAUAAUGGUGGAGAAUGGAGAUCAAACUGUAACAAAAAAGGAUCCAUCUCAAGUCCUUACCCAAUCUAAAGAGGAGAAGGAAAAGCGGCUGCUGGCAUCAUCAUUGUUUGUUGGGCUAGGAUCAGAAAAUACAAUCAAUUUGCUCGGAAAAGCGGAUACCAUUUCUCACAAGUUUAGAAGGAAAUCAAAAAUCAAAGAAACCAAAAGUGAGGAAACAACCACUGAUCAAAAUAUAAUCCCUUCUUCCUUUAGUUCUUCAUCAAAUGUGACUUAUGAAGAAGAUUAUUGUUUGGAUAAUUUGCAGGAUAGAGGAGAUAAAGAAUUAAAGAAAUUUUCUCUCAGUUCAGAACUUUUGGAUUCUGAGUCACUGACAGAACUGCCCUUGGUUGAGAAAAUCUCAAAUUGCAGGCUGUCUAUACCCUCUUUGUUUGCUGAUAACAACAUGGAAGUUUUUCAUCCUCCUCAAGCCACUCCAGCCUCAGUUGCCAGUGAAAUCUCUUUAGCUUCUUCUUUGUUGGAAGAAACUACUGAACACAUACAUUCAGAUCUUAUGGAGGUCUGUAAUAAUGAAGCCAUAUCUGUGUCUUCUUACAAAAUUUGGAAAGAUGAUUGUUUGCUGGUGGUCUGGUCAGUUUUUAAUAAGAGUGGUUUGGAAGUGAAAAGUGCUAACUUAGAAAUUGCUCCUGCAGAAAAUUUCAAGAUCACUGAGCAUCCUGGAUGCUGUUUGCCCAUAAUAGAAGCAGAAAGCACCAAAAAUUUUCAAUAUAGUGUGCAGAUGGAAAAACCAUUUACAGAAGGAAAUCUGUCUGGUUUUAUAACUUAUCAAGUGAUGGAUACUCACUCUGUUCAGCUUGAAUUUUCAGUAAACUUAUCACUGUUAGAUUUCAUUAGGCCAUUAAAAGUCUCGACUGAAGACUUUGGUAAACUCUGGUUAUCCUUUGCAAAUGAUGUGAAACAAAAUGUAAAGAUGUCAGAAUCUCAAGCUGCUCUGCGUUCUACCUUAAAGGCCCUGCAACAGGAACUAAGACUUCAUGUUGUUGACAUUAUAGGUAAUGAAGGGCUGUUGGCCUGUCAACUGCUCCCAUCCAUCCCCUGCUUGCUGCAUUUCCGAGUUCAUGGUGACACGUUAGCCCUGUGGUUCAGAUCCUCCUGUUCUACUCUUCCUGACUAUUUACUUUAUCAGUGUCAAAAAGUGAUGGAGGGAUCCUAGCAAAAGCUCUGCUUAUAUUUUACUCCAUCAGAAUAAAUGGUUUACAUAGAUAAACUUAUUUACCAAAGUAAAAAGAAUUAAUGGUACUUCUAAUGAAAAUGGGGAUUAUUACAGGUUAUGGUUUUAUGUGUUUUCUUUAUGGUUCAUGGUCAAGAAAGAUCCCCAAGAAACUGUACCCCUAACCUUUUACUCAGGAUUGUACAGUAGGUUUGGGUCCUAAAAAAGUGGCCUAAGCUAAUGUUAUAAACUGCUAAAGAUUUAUAUAUAUCACUUAGUGUAGAGGGUCUGAAAAUAAUUUAUUUUGUUAUAAAUAAUUUUAUAGCAGAUUUACUCUAGUGUUAAAGCUGAUUUACAGUAAAGCCAGGUCUCAGUUUUCUGCGUUAAUGGAGGGGAGACAUGGACUUAAUAAUCCUAAAUCAAAUUCAUAUUUGGCUUUGGAAUGCAGUAUAUGCUUUUUGGUCAGCAAGUCAUUACUUUCAAUAAUGUUUGCUUAGAUCAGUACUGAGCUAAGUUGGCACAGCACACACUAAUACUUCAGGAGACCCAUAAGCACGUUGGAUUUUGGGGGGAUCCAAUCUAUGGUAGAUGGACUUCCCUCACA